AUGGGAUUAGCUGGCCAGAAAGACAAACAACGCAUUAGUGCUGAUCCGAACAAUUUAUUUUGGAGUAAAGAUGAAUCAAAAUUCGGUUUUCGUAUGUUACAAAAGAUGGGUUGGGCACCCGGUAAAGGUCUUGGUGUGAACGAAGAUGGCCACAAAGAGCAUGUCAAGAUCCGCUUGAAGGAUAACAACUUGGGUGUAGGCGCGACAAAGAAGAAUAUUGAUAAUUGGCUUGGCAAUACCGAUGCAUUCUCCAGACUUUUAGCUGAUUUGAAUUCGCAAAGCAACUCUGAAGCUAGCAGCAUGAAUGGGGAUGAGAGUAUUGAAAGCAAGGACAAAUCAGAGACCACAAAUGUG